AAAAAUUUUACGAGAAAUAUUUUAAAAAAAUUUAAAAACUACAAUUUGAAAAUUUCAAGAAAAGUUUAAGAGUAAAAGAGCCGUAGCAUGGAUUCAAACACUUGUAGGAUGAAGCAGCUUUCUAAACAUUAUAAGCCUUAUGGAAGAGCACGUACGGAUAUAAAGAACAAAAAGACUUUAAAAGAAGAUAAAAAGUUAUGUAAUUUGGUGGAGCAGCAUCCGCAGCUGUACGACGAAGGACACAAGGGUUACGGUCAGAAAAAGGCUACAGAUGAGGCAUGGCGCACGAUUGCGGACUUGUUGGGGAAGUCAGUGUCUCAAUGCAAGGCUCGUUGGGAAAAACUGCGUGCUGAGUACAUCGCAUAUCUACGUGCCGUAGAGGCCGACAAGAAACAGCGUGGUCGUAAAGGUCAAUGUAAAGAAAUCUCGGUUGCCGCAGAAAAUAAAGACCUCCGCAAUAAACAAUUUUUUGAAAGUCUACGAUGCUACAUGCAAGAUAUGACCCAAAGAGAGCAGAGUCUAUGCCACAUUAGCGUGUUGCAAGUUGUACACGAAAUCAGCGGAAUGAAAAGUAGUGCAAGCGGGGAUGGCAAUGAUUACAUGCAAAAUGAGAUAAAGUAUCUAGUGGACAAAAUAGACGAACAAGGACUCCGUACUUUGCAGGAAAACAUUCAGAAAAGAAUGAAUAAAUGUAAUAACGCAGACAUGUUCUCUACAUCAAAACCGCAGCUGGUAAAUGACGAAGUUACCAUUAAGAAUUAACCAGAACUAUGAGAAUGAAGUAAAACUAUAAUAAGUAACCCGGAUGGACCCGGUAAUAACAUUAGUGAUCCACAAAAUUUUAUCUAUGAAUGACACAUAUACAUAUAAAUAAUAUAUUUGAAAUAUUUUUCUUUAUUUA